CCGGAGAGAGAGCACCGCCGCUCCGUGACCAGAGAGGAAUGUCCCUAAGUUUUGGAAUUUAAAACCAUGGCGAGGAUAUCGAGCAUGAGGAUCACCUGAACCUGGCUCCAACCUCGUGUCUAUACGGAUGAUGUUCCCGAUGAUGGCCUGCAACGCUAAGAGUGGGACAGCGGAUCAAUAGGAAUAUUGUUUACCCUCCCUUAAACCCACUCUCUCUCCCUUUAACUGUCCUUCUUCAUUCCUUGAAAGAAGAGAGAACCAAAACCUGACUGUGGAAUUGGUACCAGAGCUUGUACUCCUCAUCCUUCUCCUUCUCUCUUUCUCCUUCCCCAACCCCCUAAGCCUUUCCUCCUGACAGCCCAGAUAUGUGCCCCCUAGCUCGGUCAGCGGCUUUGCCUGGCCACGGGAACUUCUUCCUCCUCUUGGGGCUCUUGCUUAUCAUGAGCUCAUCCUUCUCUGGAGGCCAACCCCCGCCCUUCAAAAGAUUUGCCCCUUCUGAGUCGGGGCUUACACAUCUGGCCAUCCACAACAAAACUGGGGAAGUCUAUGUGGGUGCUGUCAACUGGAUUUUCAAGUUGUCUAGCAACCUCACCAAACUGCGCAGCCACAUGACCGGCCCGGUGGUGGACAACGAGAAGUGUUACCCUCCGCCGAGUGUCCAGUCAUGCCCUCAUGACUUGGCCCAAACCCCCAACGUGAACAAGCUGCUUCUCAUAGACUAUGCACAGAAUCGCCUCAUAGCUUGUGGCAGCACUUCACAGGGGAUCUGCCAGUUCCUCCGUUUGGACGACCUCUUCAAGCUGGGCGAGCCCCACCAUCGCAAGGAGCACUACCUCUCCAGUGUGGCAGAGUCAGGCACCAUGUCUGGGGUCAUCAUAAGUUCCCCUCACAGUCCGACGAGCAAGCUUUUUAUUGGAACACCCAUUGAUGGAAAGUCCGAGUACUUCCCUACGCUGUCCAGCCGCAAGCUGAUGGAGAAUGAAGAAAACGCGGACAUGUUCAGCUUUGUUUAUCAGGAUGAGUUCGUCUCCUCUCAGCUGAAGAUCCCCUCAGACACUUUGUCCAAAUUCCCUGCUUUCGACAUCUAUUAUGUGUAUAGCUUUAGCAGUGAACAGUUUGUGUACUAUCUGACAAUGCAGCUGGAUACCCAGUUGACCUCACCUGAUGCCAGCGGAGAGCAGUUCUUCACCUCCAAAAUUGUCCGCCUCUGCGUGGACGACCCCAAGUUUUACUCCUACGUCGAGUUCCCGAUUGGCUGCACUAAAGACGGUGUGGAGUACCGCCUGGUGCAGGAUGCGUUCUUGGCUAGGCCUGGCCGGCAGCUGGCCAACUCAUUGGGGAUCUCAGAGAAUGAAGACAUCCUCUUCACAAUCUUCUCACAGGGUCAGAAGAAUCGGGCCAAACCACCCAAAGAGUCAGCACUGUGCCUGUUCACCCUGAGGAAGAUAAAAGAAAAGAUCAAAGAAAGAAUUCAGUCCUGCUACAAAGGAGAUGGGAAGCUCUCCUUACCCUGGCUGCUUAACAAGGAGCUCGCCUGCAUCAACUCGCCACUCCAAAUCGACGAUAACUUCUGCGGCCAGGACUUUAACCAGCCUCUGGGAGGAACCAGCACCAUCGAGGGCAUCCCGCUCUUCAUCGACAAAGAUGAUGGCAUGACCUCGGUGGCAGCAUACGACUACCGCGGCAACACUGUUGCUUUUGUUGGCACAAGGAACGGAAAACUGAAGAAGAUCUUGGUGAACUCUGUGAGUCCCAAUCGUCCAGCGGUGCUCUACGAGAAGGUGACUGUGAGCGAAGCAGGAAGUCCCUUACUGAGAGACAUGCUGUUCAGCCCGGAUCAGCAGACCAUCUACACACUAACUGACAAACAGGUGGUGCGAGUUCCAGUGGAAAGCUGCGAGCAGUACACCACUUGUGGCGAGUGUUUGGGCUCCAGAGACCCUCACUGUGGAUGGUGUGUCCUUCACAAUGUUUGUUCACGCAAGGACCGUUGUGAACGAGCUGGAGAGCCUCAGAGGUUCGCCUCGGAUCAGAGGCAGUGCGUGGAGCUGACUGUUCAGCCGAGAAACAUCUCUGUCACCAUGUCUGAAGUCCAGCUGGUCCUCGAGGCUCGUAACGUGCCCGACCUGGCAGCGGGGGUCAACUGCUCCUUCGAGGACUAUGUGGAGACGGAGGGACGGAUCCAGGGUGGACACAUCUUCUGCAUGUCUCCCUCCGUCCGGGAUAUUAUCCCAAUUACGAGGAACAAAGGUGACAAGCGGGUGGUGAAGCUCUAUCUGAAAUCCAAGGAGACGGGCAAGAAGUUUGCCAGUGUCGACUUUGUCUUCUACAACUGCAGUGUCCACCAAUC